AUGGAGUCGAAAACAUUUUCUCUCAUUUUUCUCCUCUUUAUUUUCAUCUUAUCUCAUUUUUCGGUCUUAACUUCUAAAAGGAUCCUAAACAACCCCUCAGUUUUGUCAUCGUCGGCGAGUUUAUGGAGCCUUAGUGCCGAGAGGCUUAUCAAAUCCUUCAAUCUAAUGCCUAAACUCGACGUCAAUGUCAUUGCAAAAGGAAACCCUGAUGCUCCGAGACUCUUUGAGAGCCAAUUUGAUUUUCCGGCGAGAAUUGGCGGCGGAAACGUUUCCCAUGGUCCUUCAGUUCAAGAGUUUGGCCACUACGCCGGUUAUUACAGCCUCCCUCGUUCAAAAUCAGCCAAGAUGUUUUACUUCUUCUUUGAGUCACGGAAUAACAGUACCGAUCCGGUGGUUAUUUGGUUAUCUGGUGGACCAGGCUGCAGUAGUAGUGUGGCUCUGUUCAACGAGAACGGUCCGUUUACAAUCUCGGAGGAUCUUUCUCUUUCUUGGAACGAUUUUGGUUGGGACAAGGUAUCCAAUCUAAUCUACGUGGACCAACCAGUUGGGACCGGUUUCAGUUAUACAUCGGACAGUAGCGAUCUACGACACAACGAGGCUGGUGUUAGCAAUGACCUCUACGAUUUUUUACAGGCUUUUUUCAAAGAGCAUCCGAAAUUCGCAAAAAACGAUUUCUAUAUCACCGGUGAAUCUUACGCUGGUCACUACAUUCCGGCUUUUGCUUCACGAGUUCACACUGGAAACAAAAAGAAAGAAGGAAUACCAAUCAACCUUAAGGGUUUUGCGAUUGGUAACGGUUUAACCAACCCAGAAAUCCAAUAUGGUGCAUAUGGGGAUUAUGCAUUACAAAUGAAGUUGAUCUCAAAGUCUGAUCACGAGAGUCUCAAGCAAGAUUACGCCGAAUGUCAAAAUUCUACAAAAACAUGCAAUCUUAAGGGUGGUUUAACUUGCGAUUCUGCUUACGAAGUUUGCACCAGCAUCUUCAACCAGAUAAUGGCUAAACUAGAAAACACAAAUUAUUAUGACGUGAGGAAGAAAUGUGUGGGAAGAUUGUGCUAUGACUUUUCGAAGAUGGAAACAUUUUUGAACAAAGAAAACGUACGAAAAGCUUUAGGAGUUGGAGAUAUCAAAUUUGUGUCGUGUAGUUCUACAGUUUAUAAUGCAAUGAUGGAGGAUUGGAUGCUUAAUCUUGAGGUCAAGAUCCCGGCUCUUGUCGAAGAUGGAAUCAAUCUCCUAGUUUAUGCAGGAGAGUAUGAUCUCAUUUGUAAUUGGCUUGGAAACUCAAGGUGGGUUAACCAGAUGAAUUGGUCAGGCCAGAAGGAUUUUGGAUCAGCCAAGGAAGUUCCGUUCCUGGUAGAUGGUAAAGAAGCCGGUUUAAUGAAAAAUCACGGUUCUCUCACUUUUCUUAAGGUUCAUGAUGCUGGACACAUGGUUCCAAUGGAUCAGCCAAAAGCUUCUUUGCAAAUGCUUCAGAAUUGGAUGCAAGGAAAGCUCGGGACUCCGAUUGGUCAAUGA